AUGAAUGGGCCUAGUGGUAGAUAUUAUGAAAUAGAAAUUGAUGAAAGUGUUAGGACUCUACUGUCUUUCGUUAGUGAUCAGUUUAAUAUUAUUGACUUCUUUGUUGUAGAUGAGUGUGAGUUAAGUAUUAAUGUUCAUAAUAUAGUACAACACAUUGAGUCAAACAUAAUAGAACUUGAUGUUGCUACUGACUGUAGUUUAGAUGACAGUGAAGAACAUGGUUGUCAGUCUUCUGAUUCAUCAGAUAAUUCUGACAGUGAAUCUGAUUCAUUAGAACUACUACAUACACAAAAAGAGAGGAAGAUAUCUGAUAAAUUGACUGAGUAUAAGGAGUUACACAAGUCCAUGACAUUCAAAGACAUUCUAGAAGCUAGAAAAUUCAUCAACCUGUAUUCCCUUGCUAAUGGUUAUGUGUUAAAACAACUUAAGAGUUGCCCCCAAAAUCUUAGGUACAGAUGUUUAGAUGAAGACUGCCCCUUUGUCUGUCAUAUUUCCAAAGACUCUAAGGGUCCUGGUGUUAAAUUCAAGACAUUAAAGGAAGAACAUAAGUGUAAUACUGUAUAUGAUAACCAUAGGGUGAAUGCAAAAACUAUAGCUGCUUACUUUAAGAGAAGGCUUCAAGAUAAUCCUAAGAUUAAAAUUAAGGAGAUGAUGGCAAGUGUAAAAGCUGCAUUUAACAUCAAUGUUAGUCAUUCAAAGUGUAAGAGAUCCAAGAGAAUGAUAUUGAAGAAAAUGGAGGGUAGUUUUGCAGAUGAGUACAACAAGCUUGAGGCUUAUGUUAAUGAAUUAAGGUCUAGUAAUCCAGGAACAGAUGGGUGA